AGGGCACGGGCUCGAGCUCGUGGCGAGCCGGCUGGCGCCCGCGGCUCGAUGGCAUGGACCCGGGCGGCGCUGCGCCACUUGCCCAUGCCCCGGGCGGGCGGCCGAGCGGCUUCCGGCACAGGCGCACGGCGAAGGAGGUGUGGCGCUGCAAGAGGGCACACCGGACCGACUUGGCUCCCAACGCGUGGGGCCGGUACGGCUACGCGCACCGCCCGAGCCCCGCGCUGGCCCCCGAGCUGCCGCUGGGCGGCUCGCCCGCCAGCCUGCCGCUGCCUCGGGUGCGCUGGGGCGAGGUGGCCGCCGCGGAGUUCUUCGAGCGCUUCGCGCUGCCUGGCCGGCCGUGCAUAAUCGAGGGGGCCGUGGACGGGUGGCCCGCAAUGCACCGGGGCCCGGUAUCGAUUCUCUGCUCGCGCGGUGCGGCCAGGCAGAGUUCAAGGUCGGCGAGGACGACAAGGGGCGGAGGCUGCGGAUGAAGCUCAAGUACUUCGUCGACUACAUGCGCCACCAGCAGGACGACAGCCCCCUGUACCUCUUCGAGGGGGGGGUGGAGAGCGAGCCCGUGGCCCGCCAGCUGCUGGAGGACUUCGCCGUGCCAGAGGCCUUCCCGCACGACCUGUUCGACCUCGUCAACUCCAAGGCGAAGCCACCGCACAGGUGGUGGAGCAUAGGCCCCCGACGAUCCGGCACGUCCGUGCACAUCGACCCGCUGGGCACCAGCGCCUGGAACGCGGUCACGCACGGGCAGAAGCGUUGGGUGCUGUUCGAGCCGUCGGUUCCCAAGAGGCUCGCCAGGGGUGCCGACCUGAUCGACAAGGGGAGGGAGGACGACGAGGCCGUCAUGUACUUCGACUUUAUCUGCGGUGGCGGAUUCUGCCGCGGAUCAAGCGCAUGCACCCUGACGUUCGGGUCUACGAGGCCGUGCAGAACCCGGGCGAGGUCAUAUUCGUGCCCAGCGAGUGGUGGCACGGUGCUCUGAACAUGGAGGACACCGUGGCCGUGACGCAGAACUAUUGCGGCUACGACAACUUCGACCUCGUCUGGGCGCGCACCCGGCGCGACCGAGAGAAGCUGGCCUUCCUGUGGCUGAACAUGCGCAGGUUCGCCCCCGCCCUGCACGCGCGGGCCCUCCAGCUGAACCGGCGGGACGGCGCCCUCAUGCGCCACGAGCGUGACGGGCCCGACUUAAUCCUCGUCCUCGUCCGCGGGCAGCUCCUCGAGCGACUCGUCCAGCGACGAGGAGUGCCACCUGGACCUGGCGCGGGUGCACGCGCGGCCCGGCGGCGCGGGGGUGGUGCCGCCGUGGCUGCGCCGCCCGGCGCCCCCCUGGCCGGCCAAGGAGCGGCUGCCGCCCUGGCCGAGGCCCCCAGCGGCAGCCCCUCAGGCGUUGGCCACGGUGCCCGCCAGCCGGGGCCCGCCCGCCCUCGGCGCCGGGCAGCCGCCGCCCGCCCCCGCCGGGGAGAGGCGCCCGGCGGAGGGCGCCCGUGCCUGGGAGGCGUUCCGGGUGCCCCGCGGCGGGUGCGCGGCCCGGGCCCUCGCUUGCAGGACACCGGCUCGGCCGACUUCCUCGCGUGGACGGGCAUGGCGUUCUGAGAUCAGCGCGCGCGUGCCCGGGCUCCGAUCUCGCCGCGGCAUCGCCGCCUGAUACGCUGCAUUGCCAGCUCGACAGCAUCCCUCUUCUGAGUCAAGCCGCGUUCAUUGUUCAUUAUCGCUGUCUCCUUCAUAACCCCCAACGCGCGCAUUCGGCGCGUCUGGAUUGUCAAGACCCGCGUUCGGCGCGUCCCUCUGCAAUUUCGGCACGUAAUUGACGUGCUCGUUUUCUGUUAGCCGAUGUCUUUGGCUCGCGCGCGUUUUGCGCAUGGCUGUUUACGUUCGCUCGUAUGAUGGGGCGAAUCCCAGCUGUACGCUUGGGGCCCAGCGGUGGAUCAGGAGGG